GUGCGGCUGGUGAUCGCAGAGAAGGGGCUGCCCUGCGAGGAGCGGGACGUCAGCAUGCCCCUGAUGGAGCACAAGGAGCCCUGGUUCAUGCGGCUCAACCUGGGCGAGGAGGUGCCCGUCAUCAUCCACAGGGACAACAUCAUCAGCGACUACAACCAGAUCAUCGACUACAUGGAGAAGAACUUCACAGGAGAGAACGUGCCGCAGCUGAUCCCCGAGCCGGGCAGCGCGCUGCACUCGCGGGUGCUGCAGUACCGGGAGCUGCUGGACUCGCUGCCCAUGGACGCCUACACGCACGGCUGCAUCCUGCACCCCGAGCUCACCACCGACUCCAUGAUCCCAAAGUACGCCACCACUGAGAUCCGCAGACAUUUAGCUAAUGCCACCACGGACCUGAUGAAGCUGGACCAUGAAGAGGAGCCACAGCUCUCUGAGCCUUACCUCUCCAAGCAGAAGAAGCUCAUGGCCAAGAUCCUGGAGCACGACAAUGUGAACUACUUGAAGAAGAUCCUUGGAGAACUUGGGAUGGUGCUCGACCAGAUUGAGGCUGAGCUGGAGAAAAGGAAAUUGGAAUACCAAGGGCAGAAAUGUGAACUUUGGCUCUGCGGAUGCGUCUUCACUUUGGCCGAUGUCUUGUUAGGAGCCACCCUGCACCGCCUCAAGUUUCUGGGACUCUCUAAGAAAUACUGGGAGGAUGGCAGCAGACCCAACCUACAGUCCUUCUUUGACAGGAUACAGAAACGCUUCGCCUUCAGGAAAGUUUUGGGAGACAUCCACACCACGCUGCUCUCUGCAGUGGUACCCAACGCCUUCAGGCUGGUCAAGCGGAAACCUCCCUCCUUCCUUGGAGCCUCCUUCCUGAUGGGAUCUCUGGGGGGAAUGGGAUAUUUUGCUUAUUGGUACUUAAAGAAAAAAUACAUCUAGUGCUGACUGCUUGGUGUUUAGUUUGGUGUCUCUGUGCUGUGUGAAAUUAUGAUGAAGCCUCAGUAACUGUAAUGAAAUUUGAAGCAAGGUAAUGAAUAAUUAUAUUGUUUAAUGUAACAUUCCAUAGUCUAGAAGUAGAAACCUAUACUGCAAGGAAAUAAGACAACAACAACAACAACAACAACAACAACAACAAAGCGUCAACUUGUAAAUGCCUUUUUUAGGUUUAGGUAUUCAACUCCAGCCAGAGGCUCAAGGGUUCAUGGGCUCAGCCCUGCCCACUGGGAAGUGGCACUGCCUCCAGCACCACCAGCUCCAGGGGGACAGACAGAAUCCCAGGAGGCUUCCCAACACCCAAGUUGACUACUGGGACUUGGAUACUUGGUCCUGUGCGUUUGUGUUUCCAAAUUGUUCACUGGCCACAUUUCACACAUGCAGGUAGUGGGGACUUUCUUCUUCUAGAAGGCGUUGUGUUGUCGUGCUCGGAGCAGGGUGCAGUAGCUGGUCACAGUCAAGGUGGAUUUCUGUUCUUCAAGUAUUCCAUUUUAAAAAUUAUUUUCAUUAAAAGGAAUAUUUUUUAUUGAGCUGCUCUUAGAAUGUAUCCACUUUCUACGUCUGGUUUUGGUGGGCUUUUUUUUAAAAGAAUUUAAUGUCUGUCUUUAACUGCAGCACUUUUUCCUUGAGAUAAAUCAUUUUGACUUUCAUCCUGAAUUCUGGCACAUGAAGGAGAUUAUUGUUUUAAGCCUUUUGGCUCUGUCUCUUGAGUUUUCUUUCACGGAUUUGCAAAGCAUCUUUCACCAACUGAGCAUAUUUGGACUCUGAAAAAGUACAACCAUUUUCAGAACUUUUCAGCACUUUCCUGAAGGCGCUUUGGCUUUCUUCCAUCGGGGGCUCUUUUCUGUCAUUUCCUCGCUGUGUGUUUUCUUAGGGACACUUUGCACAGAAUCACAUUGAUGACUUUCUUGUGCCUUUUGCAUGCUGGAAAGAAUAACAGGCCUCACUGCUACUCAUGCUUUGGAAACUGAGAUCCUCAAUAAACCAUAUGGGAGGAGUAA